UUGCAAAGGUCGAAACUGAACUUCUUCGAUCUCCUCUGCAUUCAACGCUACUAUGCCGCCGUUAUGCCGCCGUUCUUAAAAGUAAAUCAGCUUGUUUGCGAUCUAGACCCGGAACCUAGCGCAUCGCAGAGUACAACCUUGCCUGGCCAGCCUUCGAUUCCACUUAACGACCUCAGUCUCACGAAGCAGUUUCUUGAGGCUGAUCUACGGUCAGACGACCUCGAGAGAAUAUCACCGCGUUUAUGGAUUAUGACAACCAUGUCAAGUGCAAACGUGAACCCGUUGCACCACCAACGCGUUAAAGGCCGUGAGAUUAUCAUCACAGAAGACCCCCGUCUCCACCUGGUCUGGAUCCACGACCGCAUAUUUAUCAAACCCAUUCCGAGAUAUCUUCUAUCGCAUGCCUUCUGGGAGACCUAUCUAGAUCAAAAACUGGGGUCGUUAGGUGACGGCCAAAGCAGUCUUCGCGCAGCAGCAACCGGCUUCUUGCGCACGUAUCGCUACUUAAUCCGACAUGAGUCGGACUUCCAUAUUGCUCAACAGGACCACCUUCGCCUUGUCCCUAGCGACGUUGAUUGGCCAUCUUUCUGUCGAUUUGCUGGGGAUCUUCGCUAUAUUGAGGAUGCGGCUGUGUCAAGAAGGUACUGCUUCGGCGAGCUGAGACUGACGCGACUCAACUUCUACGCGCCUCUGCUCCUGCGCAAGUUUCACUUCGAGCAGGUACACGGGCAAUAUGGAGACUAUUUUGCGCGCCUCUAUGGCCCUAUACUAUUUGUAUUUGCUGUAGUAUCUACGAUCCUUAACUCUAUGCAGGUUGCACUUGCAGCUGAUCAAACUAUGGCUGUUCAUUGGGCUUUAGUCUGGCACACGUCUCGCUGGUUUAGCGCGCUCAGUCUUGUGGGUACUGUUAUUAUCGCAGUGUGGUUUGGGGCUCUUUGGCUGUGGAUGUUCUUAGACGAGUGGGUGUAUACUAUAAGACGGAAACUAGAGGAGCGGAGCAAAGGGCGGAAAGCAUGCAGAUGCUAGCUGAGUAGAUGAUGCAGGGCCUGGUGGAGAGGGGUAUCGAAGCUAUAAGCAUGCAUAACUAGGUUAGCGAGAGGCGAGAGGCGAGAGGCGAGAAACGAUAAAUGCAUACGUGGAUAACUAUAUUGUCUAACUACUGAAUUUUGGGAACAGAGUCUAGAGGGCACUAGUUGCUAUUGUCAAGCGAGCUACUACUGCCUCAACCACGGUAGUGAAGGGUAGAAAGAGGAACUUUAGUUAGUUCUGACAGGGCAGCGUAUGUUCGAGGUACGCUGUGAGGCAGGUCUUGUGCCAGCGCUAAGAUAGCUCUGUCCAUGUCAGUGGAGGCAGCAAUACUAGUGAGAGGCAGAACGCAGAAUGCAGAGGCAGCAUGAGGUCGAGUGUGCGGGCUAGAGUCUAAGAAUAGCAGCAGCUAGGCAGUGCGUAAAUGCCUCCAAUGAUGAAUGCCCUAAUAAGGAUUCAAUGCAUGAGAAGGCACAGCAAAUGAU